UCUGCACAUAUCUUUCAGAGUCAAUGAACAAGUCAGAUGUUGAGAACCAUUUAAAUGGGGAAAAAGAAGAUCAAGAGGAGGUAGAUGAAGAGGAGGAUGAAGAGGAGGAAGAAUGUCCGAGUGCUGAUGAUACAGAGAAAGAUGCUAGAAAAGGCGAACAAGAGGAGGAAUUAAAAGAAGACAACACAAACAUUAAAACUGAAGUUCCAGAAACAGAGGAGGAAAUGUCCAUGGAAAAUGUGCCUAAUGAUUCUAGAGAGGGUGAGGUAUCAGUUAAGGAGGAGGAAAUAGCCGAAUCCAAGGAUGAUGAACCAGCCAAAGAGGAAGAAGGAAGUGCUCGUGGUGAAGGUGAUGGCAUUAAUAUGGAGGACGAUUCCAUCAAUCUGAUGUUGGAUGACGAGGACAAAAUGCUGGAAGAUGAAAUAAAUUUUAAUAAUGAUUCUGAGCGACUGGAUGAUGACUCGUCAAAUGCUGAUAGUAAAGACAGAAUGAACAACGAAGGCAGCGUUGGCACCUACGUCGGCAGCGCAGACCUGAAGGAUACUACGGAUUCUCAAGACUUAAAAGAAAACGAAAAGCCCAAGAGUGGCCCUGAUGAUAAAGGAAAGGACGACAAAAAGGAUGAGAAGGAUCAUAAGAGAACCAACCUAAGUGGUGCUGCAACCAGCGGAAAGAAUCUCUGGGUUAGUGGUUUGGCAUCUUCCACACGUGCGCAAGAUUUAAAGUCUGUCUUUUCCAAGUAUGGAAAGGUUACGAGCGCAAAAAUUGUCACAAAUGCCAAGACCCCGGGUGCAAAAUGUUAUGGUUUUGUCACUAUGUUCAGUAGUGAUGAUGCUGCCAAGUGCAUAUCUAAUCUCAAUCAUACAGAGCUCCAUGGCCGUAUGAUUCAAGUUGAAAAGGCCAAAGGUGAACCAGGAGGUCCAACAAGAAACAAGUCUGCCUCCCUGGGCUCUGGUCGAAGACUUUCAGACUCCAAAAAGGAAGGUCUUGAAAAAAAGAAGAAAGAGGAAAAGGAACUUGUAAAAGCACCUGUUAGUGAGAAAAAAGAGAGUGCAAGUGAAAGCGGAGACGAAAAGAAGGAUAGAAAGUCAGAAUCCAAGGAGGAUCUACGUCGGUCCUCAUCUCGUGGUCAUUCCCGUGACAAAGAUCGCCGAGGAGGAAGGCCUAUGCGCCCAUAUGAUCGUCGGCCAGAUAACAGAGGGCAUUACAGAGGAGGUAACCAUCGCACUGGCAGACAUGAUGGACAAGAUGUCCUGAGCUUCAAACAUGUAAGAAUUACUGAUGCAAGAAGUAUUGUGGAGGCAAGAGAACGUCAGCGUAUGAGGGCACGUGAAAGAGAGAUGCGCGAAGAAGAAAGGAGAAGACGUGAGCAUGAAGAUCGUCAAAGAGACAUAGAAAGACGCCAACGAAUGGAAUCAGAAAGAUUACAAAGAGAACGAGAAAAGUUAAUGAAAGAAAGGGAAAAGUUAGAACGACAAAAGCAAGAAUUGUUACGAAUGGAACGUGAACACCAAAGAAUGGAAAGAGAGAAACUGGAGAGGGAACGCGAAGAGUUAAGGCGUCAGCAAAUGAGCACUCCCUCGUUCAGUUUCAAGUCAGCUGGGCAUGACGUCACCACUCUUACGUAUGAGGAAACAAGACGAACAACUUUAAAACGUCCAGCAGAUGAAAGAGAUCGGCGUGGAGAAUUCUUUGAUGACCGCAAACGUCCAGCACCAGACGCCAGAGGCCGCAUAGAGGUCCAGCCAACACAGAGAAGCAGAUAUGAAGACAGGAGCUAUGAAAGAGGUGGGGAAUCGGCAAGAUUUGACAGAGGUGGUCAUGGAAGCCAUGGAGGUGGUGGUGGGAGGGAGGAUAUGCGAGGUGUUGGCAGUUCGGCUGGUGGUGGUGGCCGAUAUGACGAGAGAAGGGACAUACGUGAACGAGAUGACAGACGUGUUGACAGAUCUGGUUCUAGAGAUGAGAGAGACCAUAGAGGUGCCCCCCCUCCUCCAGCAUCAAGAGAUAGAGGAAGAGAAAGGUAUGGAGGUAGCAGCAUGGGGGGAAGCAGUAACAGUGACUGGAGAAUGAAUGACAUGGGCGAAGGUAAGGGCAGUUAUGGUGGUAGUUCGUCAAUGAUGGGUGGCAGUGUAAGUGCGUCUGGACCAACAGGACGUGGUGCCGGAGGAUCUCAAGGAAGCUGGAGACCGUCCAAUUCUAUAGCUGGUGGGGAUAGAUGGGGCGGAAGUAGCAGUGCCACCAUGAGUGAAAGCAGAGGAAGCAGUGGAAACCUGGGAAUGGACAUGGUCCGAAACAACCCCCAUCAUCACAUGAACCAGCAGUCAAUAAGUUCGAUGGCAAUGUCCCUUAUGGACCAGAAUGAUCGUUUCCAGAUGGGAAAUUUUAGGAAAUACUAGUUCACAAUGGAAAUGGCCACAGAUCUGUGUGAUAUUUUAUCCCAGAUUGUAAGAAGGCUGUUAAUCAUGAUUUGUGUUUUAACAAAACAUAAUAUUUUACAUGUAUAAUGCUUCUUUCAAGUGUGGCCCAUUUAUCUGUAGGUUUCUUUUGAGUCCUAAGGAAACCUUAGGAUUGUUGAUUCCCAUCACGUGUGUUUUCUCCUUAGGUUCUAAAUUUGUGUUUUUUAUCAAUGCUGAACAAUGGAAUACAAGUAAAUAUCCAUCCUUUUUUUUGAGAGGGCAUUGUCAUGUAACAAUACUGUAAAUAAGAUUAUGAUUAUUACUUAUUUUUUUAGGUAAACUAAUGAUUUCAGCACACAUUAAAGAUAGCAUGUUUGAGAUACAGAGUUCAUGAUUCCUUGUAUAAAAUAAUAUAAAAUAUUUUAUUUGACAUAACACAUGAUCUUGCAUUAAACAAAUGUUUUAUCAGGAUAAAAAAAAAAAAAAAAGAAGACUCGGUAUCUAGAUAGGGACGAAAUGUUUAGUUCUAAAUAUACGUAGGUACAUGUAAGACUUUGACAUUCCCUAUGUUGUGUGUACCUGAAAUAAAUGUGAGUUUGUUUUA